GGACUUUUCAUGCCAGGAGGUGCUGGUAGCCACCCUGUAGCGACGGCAUGCUCGUGUGAAAGGAGAGAGCACAGGACGACAAGACAAGGAGAGUGAAUGAGAAGCAGGAGGAGGAUUGAUUGAAGUGCCGCGGGUCAAAUAGAGCCCGCCAGGAACACACAGCACUUGCUCCAAUGGAUCUUUGGGAGGACCUCACCCGUGGCGAGCCACGUACCGCCAACAGGAUGGGUGACACGAUCGAGGAAGAACAGUGGACAACCGGUAUAUUCGGAUGCUUUGCCUGGAGGCCAGCGUGGGAAUACAACUGCCAUUUCGGAUUUUGGGGGCAGGGAAUGACAUGCCCGUGUCUGCUCUAUGGAGACAUUAAGAAGGACAUGAUGGAGAAUGAUAUGGUUACCCAGCGAUUGUAUGCUAUGGAUGGUCCAUGUUGCAAAUGUCCUCUCCAAGUUCACUCCCUUGUUCACUCGGCCAUGUGCUUGUUCUGCUUCCCAUUCAUCUCAGGAGAGAACCGUUCCAGGAUCAGGAGGCAGAAGCAAAUCCCUGGAUCUCUGGCCCGUGAUAUCUUGCUGCAUGCAUGCUGUUUUCCUUGUGCCUUGGCGCAAGAGGCCAGACAGCUUAAAGACGAUCCAUUUCAAAGCACGGACCAUACUCCUUUCCCGACGUGGAGGAGGAUUUUCAAACCCUGCUUCCCAAUGUCAAAACGAGAUGAAAGGCUGCUGACAGCUGCAGAGGAGGGAAGGGUGGAGGAUUGUAUCCGCUGGGUCACAAGUGGUGCUAAUGUGAAUGCUACAGACAAGCUGAAAAUGACCCCCCUCAUGAAGGCUUCUGCCACCGGGCAACUCAAGACUUGCGAGUACUUGCUGCAGGCAAAGGCGAAUACGAAUAUGAGGGAUCGAUCGGGAGCGACCGCUCUCUUCAAGGCUGCGCAAAGGGGAAAUCAUGAUGUGAUAAAGUUGCUUUGGAAGGCAGGAGCAAAGAUAGACAUCAAAGAUACAUAUCGGAAGACUGUGAUGGACUAUUCCACCGAUGAAACCAAGCAGCUGCUGCGUCAUUGUUACGGCAUAGUCGAGGAGAGAAAAUUGACAAGCGAAGAAGCAGCAGCCAAGAUCUUAGAGAUCGGUUAUGCAGCCCUCUAAAGGGCAUUCUUCACCCCACAUAUUUUGCAAGGCACUCGUUCACGGAUUCACCACAGAAAGGGUUCUCCUCCAAGCCCGAGCAUUGCUCAUACAAACUCAAAGAGAUUCCCUUAUCCACGUCUUGUAUCUGAUAUGUUUUGAGGGUUGAAAUGUUUGGCCAUCUCAUAUACUUAGCAACCUGGAACAUCUUGUCCUUUUGGGAGCCUUUCCCAUUGAAGUGCAGGAUUCCAGGAGCUACCUUUGGAGGUCUUGACUGGACAUAUGCAUUGCAUCCAUGCUGAAACCAAGUAUGAUGGUGUCGAUGACAUUCAGAGUACGUACUGGCGUCAAAAAUCACUCGCCCGUUGUCGAGCUUGAUCUCCUCUCCAACUCUGUAGGCAAAAGCCGAGAGAAAGAGUUUGCUGUAAUAGUCCAGCGUUACCUUAGAGUAUUUGCUUCGUGA